ACUCAGAAUUAGUUUGGUUUGCUCGGUUUAGAAGGCAGCCGGCUCUUAGUUCAAUCGUGCUAUCUAACAUCACGUCGACUCCAAAGAACAUGAACCUCAAAGAAAAAUGAUUUAUCUCUUCUUAUCUUCCCGAAAAUAAUAAUGCCACCUUCAGUUUAAUUCGUUGUAAUUUCUAUUUUAUCUAAACGUGUACAAAGUGUAAUUCGUGCAUUGCAUGAUAUGAGCGAAUUAAUUAUUUAUUAUGAACAUAACGAGCGCGGAGUGAGAAAAUUUUAUCGGUGAAUUUAUAUUUUCGUAAAUAAAUAUGCGUUUCCGGUUGGUCGUUCUGCUAAUUCAUGUCAUGUGGUGUAAUGAGUUUCACGCCGCCGCCAAAAUGGUCGGAAAGCAGUCCAAACAAAGCACAAACCAUCUUCAAUCCCUUGAAGACAUCCCGGAAGACACUUUCCCAGCCACAUCCACCAACCAGACCAAACUCUACACCCCAUGGUCCCCCUGGACCCGCUGCAUGGACUGCGUCCAGCGAAGAGUGAAGACCUGCGUCUCCCCUCAAUGCGAGGACUCGCGCAUUUACGAGGAAAAGCCGUGCGGAAAGAAGCGGUGCAGAAGGAAAGCGCGACAAAAGAGUCAGUUCAACAUUGUGCAUUUAGACAAAGACAGUAGUCAUCUGACUCGUCAAGCGCCCUCCAGAAUCUGGAGCAAGUGGUCCAGCUGGUCGCCGUGCUCGGAGGACUGCAGGACGCAGAGGAUACGGAUCUGCAGGAAGCCGGGGAGGUGCAGGAAGAAGCAGCAGGAACAAACUGCUUACUGCUACCACGAUAACUCCAUGUGCGAGAACUACGUGCUGAACUUGUUGGACAACCAGCACGAUUCGUACGAAAUAAACAGAUACCACUACAACAGCGAGGACCUCUCCCGCCGCGUCCCCCGGCGAAAACUCCACCGCUGCGGCCAGCCCUUCCGGAAGAGCCGGAUGUUGAAAAUAAUCGGCGGCGUCCAAUCCAAGAAGUACAAGUGGCCUUGGCACGUCGCCAUUCUAAACAAAUACUACGAAGUGUUCUGCGGGGGCACGCUCAUCGGCCCACGAUGGGUCCUCACGGCUAGUCAUUGCAUUCGUCCAUAUUUACGCGUAAGACUGAACGAACAUGACUUGAGAGCUCGAGAUGGACGCGAGCUCGAGAUGACUGUCUACAAGAUUUUCCAGCACCCGAAAUUCAACCACAAGACCGUCGAUAACGACAUUGCUCUCUUGCAGUUACCCAGAGCUGUGAAUAUUCCGAUAGCUUGCUUGCCCGACAGGGGUCCCAGACCCACGGAGAUAUGUACCGUCAUGGGCUGGGGGAAGCUUAGGGCCAGCGAUACUUAUGGUACCCAUAUUCUGCACGAAGCCAAGCUUCCCAUCGUUUCGCCCAACGUCUGCAGAAGAUCAUACCGCCACUUCCUCAUCACCUCCAACAUGCUCUGCGCCGGAUGGCCGUCCGGCAAAGCCGACACUUGCGCGGGUGACAGCGGGGGCGGCCUCAUGUGCCCCUUCAAGCGCAGAUCCCGAGUGGCCUACAGCAUCCAAGGCAUCACCAGCUUCGGCGAUGGCUGCGGCCUCCGGAACAAGUACGGGAUCUACACCACAGUUUUCAACUACCUUAAGUGGAUCUACUACGUCAUGGACCACUAUUCUUGACUUUAGGUGUACACGACUUAGCCACGAGAAUACAGUAUUGCAGACUUUAACACUUUUAUACACUGCUAAUAUUUUUGAAUUAAUUCAGAUGUCCUAACCGGAGUAAUAAAUUUUAUUUCUCGAAA